UGUAAUGGCGGCCUACUGUACACACAGUUGACGUUUACCGCUAUGCUAUUUCAUUGAGUGUUGUUAUUAUAUCAUACAUUACAUAAGUUUCAUCAUACCGUGUAGAACAGGUUUGAGGAACUUAUAUGACUGGCAUCUGAGAACAUCGUUCGAAAGAUCCUUUACCAGAAAUCCAUCAGCUGAGUGCUGUGGACAAGACCUCAGCAGAGAUGGAAGAUGAUUCCUCCCUGCAUCGACUGGAAGGGAGUGACCCCAGUGUUCAGGUCGGGGGGCUGAUAGUGAAGAAGAAGAGUGCUUCAACAGAACAGCAUGUGUUCAGAGCUCCCGCUCCACGAACCUCGCUCCUGGGCCUCGAUCUGCUGGCCGCACAGAAACGCAAGGAGCGCGAGGGCAAGGAAAGUCUGGAUGAUCAACCCAAGAAAUCCAAGGUGUCGUCCUACAAGGACUGGGAGGAGGGACAAAGUGAUUCGGGGUCUGAUGAUGAAAAUCAAGAAGAUGGCGAUAGCAGGAAUGGGAAAAAGGAAAGGAAGUACCGUGUCACUGGCUCAGAAACCCCCUCAAACCCAGGAGGGGUUAGUGAGGAGUUCAAGCAGAAGCAUCAACAGAGGGAGAAGGACAGACGUGAGCAUGGGGUUUAUGCGUCCUCCAAAGAAGACAAGAGCAGAGACAAAGACCGAUCCAGAGACAGGGACAGAGACCACGAUCGCUACCGUGACCGAGACAGAAGGAGAGACCGAGAUGAACGGGAAAGCAGCCGCGGCCGUGGCUCCAGCAGCAGUCGCUCUGAGCGCGGUGAUGGCAGCGUGAGGAGUGAACGCUCGCAGAGGGACGGCUCAUCCGACCGCAUGAGUCGCGGUACUCGCCGCGAUGAGCCCGAAUCACCCCACAACAGAUCCAAAGAUCUGGCCACUCCAUCACGCUCCAGCUGGGAUGAGGAUGACAGUGGAUAUUCCAGCUCACGCCACUCUCACUGGGAGAGCCCGUCUCCUGCCCCGUCACACCGGGAGUACGACCGCUCCGAGCGCAGCCAUCGCUCAGUCCGUGACAGUGAGAGGAGAGACAGGUCAAGUAAACCUCAAUAUCCAGCAGAAACUCCUCUACCAACCCCAUCAUAUAAGUACAACGAGUGGGCCAAUGACAGGAAGCACCUUGGCUCCACCCCACGCCUGUCCCGAGGAAAAGGUGAUAAGAGGGAGGAUAGAGAGGACGGCAUCCUAUUUACUAAUGAAGAAGAGAAGGAACAGUGGGAGGAAGAUCAGCGGCAAGCUGAUCGAGACUGGUACAUGAUGGAUGAAGGUUUUGAUGAGUUCCACAACCCCUUGACAUCCAGUUCAGAAGAAUAUGUGAAGAAGAGGGAGCAGAUCCUACAGAAGCAGACCCAGAAACGCAUCUCAGCGCAGAAACGGCAAAUCAAUGAGGAUAACGAACGCUGGGAGACCAACCGCAUGCUCACCAGUGGAGUGGUUCAGCGUUUGGAGGUGGAUGAGGACUUCGAGGAAGACAAUGCAACCAGAGUGCAUCUGCUUGUCCAUAACCUCGUGCCACCCUUCCUGGACGGGAGGAUAGUCUUCACGAAGCAGCCUGAGCCGGUCAUUCCAGUGAAAGACGCGACCUCAGACAUGGCCAUCAUCUCCCGCAAGGGCAGUCAGCUGGUCCGACGACACCGAGAGCAGAAAGAAAGAAAGAAGGCACAACACAAACACUGGGAGCUCGCUGGCACCAAACUGGGAGACAUCAUGGGAAUCAAGAAAACCGAGGAGGAUGGAUCAGAUGGAAAAACUGUUGGAGAAGAUGGAAAUGUGGACUACAGAGCGGAGCAGAAGUUUGCUGACCACAUGAAGGAGAAGAAUGAAGCGAGCAGUGAGUUUGCCAAGAAGAAGACUCUAUUACAGCAGAGGCAGUAUCUGCCCAUCUUUGCUGUUCGCCAGCAGCUGCUCAACAUCAUCAGGGAUAACAAUAUUGUGAUUGUGGUGGGGGAAACGGGCAGUGGUAAGACGACUCAGCUGACGCAGUAUCUACAUGAGGAUGGUUACACCAGCUAUGGCAUGGUGGGCUGCACACAGCCCCGCAGAGUGGCAGCCAUGAGCGUAGCCAAGAGAGUCAGCGAAGAAAUGAACAGUAACCUGGGAGAAGAGGUUGGUGCCCAACAUCUUAUGAACCUGAACCAAGUGACGUCAGAUCAGAUUGUGGAGCGACUAGAGGAUCUAGAGAACGCUCCGGCCCUAGCAGUGCUGCCCAUCUACUCCCAGCUGCCCUCUGACCUGCAGGCCAAGAUCUUCCAGAAGUUUGUGUCGGUUCACUUCAGGUUAUACACUCAGAGUGCCUUCAAGAAUGAAAUGCUCACCACCACUAUCCCAGAGAUCCAGCGCACUAACCUGGCCAAUGUUGUGCUUCUGCUCAAGUCACUGGGAGUUCAAGAUCUCCUGCUCUUCCACUUCAUGGACCCGCCGCCUGAAGACAACAUGCUGAACUCCAUGUACCAGCUGUGGAUCUUGGGAGCGCUUGACAACACAGGCGCUCUGACGCCCACCGGGCGGCUCAUGGUGGAGUUUCCUCUGGAUCCGGCUCUGUCUAAAAUGCUGAUCGUGUCAUGUGACAUGGGCUGCAGUGCCGACAUUCUCAUCAUCGUCUCGAUGUUGUCUGUGCCAUCAAUCUUCUACCGACCAAAGGGUCGAGAGGAGGAGAGUGACCAGGUGAGAGAGAAGUUCUCGGUGCCUGAGAGUGAUCACCUGACCUACCUCAACGUUUACCUGCAGUGGAAGAACAACAAUUAUUCCAGCAUCUGGUGUAACGAUCACUUCAUCCACACCAAAGCUAUGAGAAAGGUACGUUAA